AUGAAAUCAAUUGGCAAUCCUCAUGAACGUGUUGAUGAAAGAAUCCGCAGCGGCAAGCCUUUAUCAAAGGCUACAAUCGAUGUUGUAGAUGCUCAGUUACUUGAUCAAGCUCAUCUUUAUGUAUUACGAAACACUGUUGUUGUGGAGCCGUAUAUAGAGCAACAUAUGUUGGAAUUGAAGGAUCUCAACCUCCGUCACGCUCGCAAGAGUACAUGGUUGCAGAGCCAACAUAGUCAGACAUUUAUUAGUUGGUUUAAGAAAGAGGUUCGAAAACGUUUGGCUAACGGGGAAGAUAUUUGUGAUGAUGUUCGUUGGUUGGCCAAAGGGCCUAAUUUUGCUGUUAGUAAAUAUAGCGGUUUUGCCAUAAAUGAGUAUCGUUUUCAUACAACAUCUCGAGAUGAAUCUAGAACAACUCAAUGCAGUGGAGUAUCUUUAGUUGCACAUACUCUGCAGAUUGCUAGUGCAAAAGACUCCAAUCCUGUGUAUGGUGCUUUGAAAAGGACGAAAGCUAAAAAUACCCGUGCACAUCAUAAAUACAAUCAUCGUUUGAGCAGAAAAGGAUAUGCCAGACUCAUUAAUGACAUUAUGCAAGAGACCAGCAAGACGGAAGAGGAGAUUGAUAGGACACUAUUGUGGAAAAAAGCAAGAGAGUUGAAGACAGGAGGAUACGAAUCAGAUGUGAAGAUGAUUGUUGAUAAAAUUGAUGAGCUGCAGAAAUCGGGAAGCUUUGGAGAGGUUACAUUUGGAACAUAUGAUGUGCUUACAGAGGCCUUGGGUACUCAGGAACAACGUGGGCGUGUACGAGGGAUGGGUAAAUUUAUAACGCCACAACAAUACUUUUAUUUACCCAAGAAUGUUAAGUAUUACUUGGAUAUUGAGAACGAGAGGGUGGAUAAACGAAUCAACAAACUUGAAGAUGACUUGGAGAAACUAAAAAGAGGUGUACUUAAUGUUUCUGAAGCCGCAAGUUGCCAAGUAGGGGGCGUCAUUGAAGAUGUUGAAAAAGAACGACGAGAUGAAUCACUUGAUAAUUCAUGUCUUCUUGCGGUUGAAUUUGGUGCAAAUGUAGUCGCUAAAGGAACCAUAAUGAAGUAUAGUGCAUCAAAUGAAAACAUUGAAGUUAUGAUGGAAACAAUUUUACAAGGAGAAGCUUUAAUACCGAUUCCACUUGAAGAGGAGUUCAUUGUGAAGGUCAAAGAUGCACUGGGACACAUACUAAGUUGGCCAAGACACUUAGUUAUUCGAUGCUAUGACCUGGGAAAAGUGGUGGCGAAACCUAUGAAAAAACAUGCAACACCAGUGAAGAAAGAUGAAACACCAAUGAAGGAAGAUGCAACACCUUUAAAAGAAGAAAUAGGAAGUAAAAAGAAAGAAAAGGGGACUGGAAAAAUGGGUGAUGGAAAAAAAGAACCAUGUGAUGUGGAAGAAGGGAAUGAUAUGGAAGAAGGGAAUGGAAUAAAAAAAAAGAUUAAAAAGGAGAAACAAAAUGUGACCUUGCAAAGAAGGUGGACCAGAGCACAGAUGAAGACAAGGAUAAGGAUUGAGAAGAGUAGUAUUUUGAAAAUGACUGAAAUAAUGGCUGAUGGACAAGUUACAAAGGUUGAUUCUAUAAAAUUGCAAAGUGAGAACGAUCUUUUUGGGUACGAUAGUUACACGUACUUAAGUUGGGAUGAUUUUGAAGCAGUUCUUACAAUGGAUGAGCUGACUGGUGCUGUCAUUGUGUCCUAUAUGAUGGUGUUGUUUAACAAAAUGAAGUAUGGCCCCCCAGAAAGAGAUCAUGGAAUUUGCUUUGUGAACCCGACAUUAAUCUCACCAAGUAUGCGUAAAGGGAAAUCUAAGAAUAUUGACGUUGCAAGAAGAGGUUUAGCAAAUCGGUUGUCUAAUAGAAAGGGCAAAGACAUCAUCUUUAUGCCCUACAAUCCCGGAAGACAUUGGGUAGUGGGUGUACUAGACAUGAAAUCUGAUACUUGCUAUUAUCUUGAUUCCUUGAGUUCUGGCAAUUUCAAUAUGGCAAUGGUUAUGUACGCUACACAAAGUGGAUCCAACAAAAAGGUUAAACUAAAUUGGGUUAAUGUUACGUGUCCAGUUCAGCCCGGAUCUACCGAAUGUGGCUACUACAUGCUAAGGUUCAUGAAUGAGAUAAUGGAAGAAGGAAUUGAAGUGUUGGUCAAAGACAAUAUCGGGGGUGGAAAAGUUGUGUACACAACUGAUGAUAUCGAUGAGAUACGUGAAGAAUGGACAGAGUUUGUUACGGGCUUCAUUUAUCGAUGA